CAGAAGCUGCAGUAUUUAUGAACAUAGCAUCCUACUGACAUUUCUAUAUAUUGAUGAGUGUGACUUCUCAGGGCGAAGGGAGUACGUUUGGAUGCCUCUAGACGACAGACGGUAACGGGAAACAUGACAGGAGCGAGGCAGGGUGCUGACUGGGUAAAACUGCCUCUCUGAUACCCCUGCCAUCCAGCAAGACAGCGAGGUCACUCGAAGGGCACAGAACAAGGCGGGCAGACAGACAGGUGAACAGAAUGACGGAGAUGGCCCGGAGCGUCAACUUCCACCUCGACCUCCCUGAAGCCGAGGAGGUGCAGCAAUUCCUGGGCUUCUCUCCAUACGACGAGAACAUCGUCCACGACUCCUUCAAUGAGCUGAUAGAGGAGCAGAGCCACAGCCAGGGUGGGUCUGCCGUCUUCGAGAUGGAAGACAUGGCUGGCAGGGGGACAGAAAACCCAGCCUUCCUGGCAUCUCCGCUACACGGCCGCGGCAACAGGGAGGAGAGACAGAAGGAGGAGCCGCUGUUGAGUGAAAACUUCUCCCCGGUCACCCUGAGAGUGUUGUCUGCCAUGCCGAGCCGCACCAUCGGCCGCAAUCGCGGAGCAAUCAUCUCGCAGUACUACAACCGCACGAUGAAACUGCGAAGGCGACGAAGCCGGCCCUCCAUCCAGGACCAGUCUCACUCUUCCCGGCCCAGCAUCUGUGGACACCAAGUGGAGACGGACCCAGAGGCAGCAGGGGAGGAAGAAAAUAGACAACACCUGUUUGACAACCUGCAGAACCUCUCUGUGAGUGAUAGGGGGCGCAUGCUGAAAACCAUGCCCCUCAGCCUGCUGGAAAAGAAGAAUCUGAGACAUGCCUGCAAUUCGAAGGGGGUUCCCCACUCCAGGAACCAGAUACCCUGCUGCAGUUGGCUCAAAUACUACCUCAUCAUCGGUUUUCGCAACGGCAGGUACAGCUUGCUCUCCUUCCUGCACUCUCUGCAGCUGUGGCACGUGGCCCUGAAGAAGGUGAGCGGGCGCUUCGGCACUGGCGUCCUCUCCUACUUCGUCUUCCUCAAGACGCUGCUGCUCUUCAACGUCUUCCUCCUCCUCGUCAAUGUCGUCUUCCUCGCAGUCCCUCAGGUAGCCCACCCGCCCAGCGGCCAGACCCACCGCCUCCCCUUCCAGGGGCUGGAGCUGCUCACCGGGGCUGGCUAUUUCACAGACACGGUUCUGUACUAUGGUUACUAUAUCAACUCCACUGUGAACGGCUGUGGUCCAGCUCGCAAUGGCUCUGGGUGCGCCGUGGGUCUGAACAGCUUGGACACCCGCAUGCCCUACAACAUUCCCCUCGCGUACUUCUUUACCAUCGUGAUCUCCUUCUUCAUCACCUGCAUCCUUCUGGUCUACAGCAUGUCCAAGUCCUUCGGGCAGAGCUACCGCAUUGACAACCCUCACGGGGAUCUCGCCAUGAAGGUGUUCUGUUCCUGGGACUUCAAAGUAAUUAAGAAGAGCUCCGUGAAGCGCCAGUGUGAGAAUAUCUGCACACAGAUGAAGGAGCUGCUGUCUGAGCUGGCUCGGGCAUCGGGACAGCAGACUCUGCAACAGAGGCUGGCAAGGAUGACGGUGCACUUGCUGGCUUGGGUCAUGUCUCUGGGGAGCACCGUGGCAUGUGCCAUGGGCAUCUACUACUUCUCCACAUACAUGCACAAGGACCUGACCAAGAGGGUGUCUCGUAACGAGACCCUGAUCCAGGUGGAGGUGAGCCUGCUGGCCCUGCCCGUGGUGGUGUCCACAGUGAACCUGCUUAUGCCGGGCCUCUUCAAUGCGGCCGCGUGGAUGGAACAGUACGAUGCACCCAGCACACAGGCCUACGUCGCCAUCUGCAGGAACUUGCUGCUGAAGAUGUCUGUGCUGGGAGUCCUGUGUCACCACUGGCUAGGAACGACCAUCAGCGGUCAUGUGACUCUGUCAAAACAGGUUCAGCAGUAUGGCUCUACUGGGGGACUGGAGUGCUGGGAGACCCUCGUGGGUCAGGAGCUGUACCGUUUCUUGCUAAUGGAUUUCAUCUUUACAGUCUUGGACACCAUCUUCGGGGAGUUUGUCUGGAGGUUGUUUUCUCAGAAAGUGCUCAAGAGGAAAAGAAAGCCUGUGUUUGAUAUCGCCAGGAACGUGCUGGAGCUCAUAUACGGACAGACUCUCACCUGGCUAGGAGUGCUCUUCUCACCAUUGCUUCCUGCUUUCCAGAUUAUUAAACUGGUUCUUUUAUUUUACAUUAAAAGAACCAGCCUGAUGAUGAACUGCCAGGCUCCCAGCAAGCCUUGGAGAGCCAGUCAGAUGACCACCAUCUUUAUCACCCUCCUGUGCUUCCCAUCAUUCCUAGGGGUGGCUGUGGCUGUCACCUACACCAUUUGGAAAAUAAAGCCCUCGGAGGGGUGCGGACCCUUUAGGACGCUGAACACCAUGUUCGAGUCGGGGAAUAUCUGGGUUCGGCAGCUGGAGGAAAUGAAUUCCAAUUUCUCCUGGUUAACCUGGAUUCACAAGUACCUGGUGGAGAAUCCCUUCUUCCUGUUCGCUGCUGUCGGUGCUCUCUUAAUUGUGAUUUAUUUCCACAUGCAGGUUGUGGAUGCACAGAGGAAAAUAAUCUCUCUGUUAGAAGAGCAAAUCGAUAACGAGGGAGAGGAUAAGAGAUUCCUGAUCACUCGCCUGCAGGAUAUUUACAUGAAGAAACUGCCCUCUUCAUCUGCCCACGUCGCUCACUGCAGCAAGGAUGACAGUCGGAAAUGAAACUCCAUCUGGACAGCCAAAGACAGUUAUCCUGUGAUAGAUAGAAGGACGAACUGGAAUUAAAAUAUGGAAUGCACAUUUUCUCCAUAGACACUGGAAAUGAACGUGCUGGUGCCAUGGACUGCACUUUAGCUGCAUGAUAUACUGCAGCAAAUAAAGACGACACCACCCAAUCUCGCGUUGAUCCAGCCUUCUCCAGGACCACACCAGCAUACUUGUGGCAUUUCUGAGGUCUGCACCUGAAGAAGCCAGAUGCUUUUAUUGUGUUGUAUUUUUUGUAAUUUUUUUUUUUUAAACUAACCACUAGAACUCAAACAAGUAUUCCUGUAAAUAGUAGAUUUUUAUAUGUGUUGUAUUGGUAUUUUUAUUAUAACAUUGGAAUUGACUGUGGUAUUUUCUUUUGCAAUGCUCAAACUGUGAUAUGUUGUAUAUAAUUUUUUUUUUUUUUUUUUAUGUUUUCAUAACGUAAAGUCUCCUGGUGCACUACCGUCUUAACAAAAAAAAAAAAAAAAAAAAAAAAAAGUUAUAUAAUUGUUAGUUAUAUAGUUAGUUAUUAAAAGUUAUAUAAUUGAUGCAGUGUAAUUAUAAAUAAUAAAACAAGUGUGGUCACAUUCAGAAAACUAAAUUCUGUUAAACCGUAGUGCAGUGCCCUCUAGUGUAAGAUGCUUGUAAUAGCCAGUCAACCAUUUUAUACAUAGCUGAUCUCAGGUGAAUUUUAAGUCGUCUUGUUAAAUGUUUCCUUAUAUACCUAGUAAAUGUGUGUCCAUUCUUGGACCUACUUUGAGUUUAAGUAAUAAAUAAGUGUUGAGACUUUUAAAUUAAAAUUAAAACAAGAUUAAACAUAAAACAAGAUUAUUAUUAAAAUGCAUUAUACCAUAUAAUGCACCUAUUUGGGAAGGUGAGGGCAUCACCAUUCUAUUGAAUGGCUUUCCUUGUAUGCAUGCGACAAAAAAGUCACCUGCAUCUCUUGAGAAAGUAUAAUAUUUACUUUUUCAUUAAAGAAUUAUAAUUAAUAUUUAUACAUCCAUAUGUGCAGUCCGCAAUGCUGCCUAUAUUUACGAUAAAGCACAGCAAAGUGUAACAAAGCACAGUGGAAGCAUGCUAAAACACAGGUAUAGAACAGCGAGAUAUGGUACAGCAUAUUAAUAAACAUGGCAUACCAGGGCAAACUAUGGUAAAUACAGGGGGAAAGCACUGGAUACUGCAGAAAUUCUAUGCAAACUUUUUUAAAAGCAGCCUGGUGUCGGACAACUCUAUUCGUAUUGCAGUCAUUUUGGGUUACAGAAGUCACAUUAAAGUAAAUUGGAAAGGCUGAAUCUUUAAUAAACCAGAGACGCUCCUCCAGUUAAUAUAUUCAAUAUAUUCUGUACACUGGCAACCUCUGUAGUGCAGCAGCACACAAUCAAUAAGCUAUUUCUCACGAGAGGUACAAUAUUAUAAAGCCUCUGUUAUCACUUGUUUU